CAAAUGAUAUGUUUACAAUUCAUAUCGAUAAAUUAACCUAGAAUUCCGCUUAUUUGCAAUUCGAGCUGUGGUGAAUUAUUGACAUUUUAAAAGUGUUCUUACCAUGGCAUCAGGCUUGGAGAGUUUUGUGAAUCAUACCGUCUCUAUCAUUACGUCCGAUGGUCGAAAUUUUAUCGGUACUUUGAAAGGUUUUGAUCAAACUAUCAACUUAAUUUUGGAUGAAUCUCACGAAAGAGUCUACAGCACUAAUCGUGGAGUUGAACAAGUAGUUUUAGGUCUUCAUAUCAUUAGAGGAGACAAUGUAGCCAUAGUUGGGGAAGUAGACGAUGAAAUGGAUGCUCGUAUGGAUUUGUCUGUCAUAAGAGCUGAACCUUUGAGCGCUGUAGCUCAUUAAUAAUUGCUGUUUGUUUUUCUUAGCAUUUGUGUGCUCAAGAAGCUUCCCAUUGCAGUAAUUUUGUAAAUAGUUAUAAUCGUAAGUGCUGAAAUGAAAAUUAAUUGUUAUACAUAAAAAGUAAUUCAUAAAUAAUUAUGAAGGAAAUAUUUUAAAAUUCAACUUCCCCCUAUCCUUACAAUUAACAAGGUUAUUAAUAGUUACCCUGUUAGAUUAAUAGAAUAAAUUCUAAGAUUAGAAUUUUAGUGAGAAUAAAAAACGCUUCUUUAA